AUGAACAUCACUGAGAGGUUUCAGCAACAUGUCAUCGAUGCUGAAGAUGCUACAAUCAAACCAGUUUUUUGCGAGGAUGGCAUCAGUUUCGCCUGGAUCCAAUACAACAACUUGUACUUGCUAGCUGUGACUCAGCGAAACUCGAAUGCGACCCUGAUUGUGGCCUUCCUCUACCGUUUGGCGGAGGUGCUUAGAGAUUAUUUCAACGAGCUUGAAGAGGAGAGCAUAAAGGAUAACUUUGUGAUCACCUACGAGCUCUUAGAUGAGAUGAUGGACAAUGGCUAUCCCCAAACCACUGAGGUGAAGAUCCUUAGGGAGUACAUCAAAACUCAGUCACAUCAGCUCUCGGUUGAGCAAAUGAGACCGCCCACUGCAGUCACCAAUGCUGUGUCUUGGCGGUCUGACGGCAUCAAACACAAGAAGAAUGAGAUCUUCUUGGAUGUCGUGGAAAGAUUGAACCUUUUAGUUUCAGCAAACGGGUCGGUGCUACGUUCGGAGAUCUUGGGGGCUCUGAAAAUGAAGUCCUAUCUCUCCGGUAUGCCUGAGCUGAAGCUGGGUCUAAAUGACAAGCUUCUCUUCGAGGCAACAGGAAGGCCUGUCGCGAAGGGCAAAUCCGUAGAAAUGGAGGACAUCAAGUUCCACCAAUGUGUGCAGCUCGCACGGUUUGAGAAUGAUCGGACUAUUUCUUUCAUUCCGCCGGAUGGAGAGUUUGAGCUCAUGAGUUACCGGCUGAACACCCACGUGAAACCUUUGAUUUGGGUCGAGGCUGUUGUGGAUCCAGGACACUCUAGGUCGCGAAUUGAGUAUAUGAUCAAAGCAAAGUCACAGUUCAAGUCGCGAAGUGUGGCAAACAAUGUGGAGAUUCACAUUCCCGUGCCCUCUGAUGUGGAUUCGCCUUCCUUCAAGACGUCCAUCGGCACUGUGAGAUACAUUCCUGAUCAGGAUUGCAUAGUCUGGAGCAUUAAGCAGUUCCAGGGUCAAAAAGACUUCAUCAUGACAGCGAACUUCGGACUACCCUCUGUUGGUGCAGAGAACAGAGAUGCCUACAUGAAGGCUCCCAUGUCCGUGAAGUUUGAGAUCCCAUACUUCACGGUGUCAGGCGUGACUGUAAGGUAUCUCAAGAUUGUUGAGAAGUCUGGCUACCAGGCCCUUCCAUGGGUGCGAUAUAUCACCCAGAAUGGCGACUACCAGCUUCGAAUGGUGUGA